GUGAGUUUUAAUUCCCCUUUUUAUAUCACAACCAAUAAUCUCUUCCCCCCAACUGUGCAGAAACCCGCGAGUUUAUUUUAGCAGCGCGCCAACCAAGAGCAAGAACAGAGCCGUGAACUUCAGCGGAAGAACCCACCCAGAAACCCCCAAAAUUUUCGAGCUAUUGCCUGUCAUCCACAAUUCCUGAAACCAUACUCUCUCAGCCAUUGUGUGCAAAAUCCUUGACCUUUGCUCCACCUUGCGCUUCCGUGUUGGUCGUCGAGCCGCACAGCUGCCAUCAGUGCUUCUCUCACUGGGGUUGAAGUUGAGCAUCUCCUCCUUCACUGAUUGCUAAAGCCAAAUUUGAGAUGAAAUAAGGAACGGCGCCUAAAUCCUUAUUUUCCCUUGCAAGACUCCAUUUGAACCUACCUCCAGCGGUGUCUCACAUAGUCUCCGCCGUCGAAGCCCCCUCCUGACGAAGGCCUGAAACCUAUUGCUUCUCUCGUCUAUCGCAAUUCUUCCACUUCAAAGGACUGUAGUCCCGCCUUCUCUUCUCAGAGUUUAAGAUGGCCCGGAAAGGUCGAUUCAUGAAAAAAUCAAAGUUUGGACCAGGAUUUCAGCAACCUCAAACGGGAGCGACUGCGACUUCAGACCCCCACCAUGAUGGCUCUCAAAUUCACCCGAACAGUGGUGAUAGUGUCCCUGCAAGUGGUGAUAGUGUCCCCGCUACUUCACGCCCUUUCCGUCCCCCGCGAAGUGAACCAAGGCCUGCUCCAUAUAUGAGCACAAACAGUGUCCAGAACUCGCUGCCAGGCCAUUAAACUUGGACGCUAAUGCAAAUGAGGAAACUCUUGUUGAUGAAGAAGUUGACGACCUCCAUGAUGCUUCUGGAGCUCAGAGUCGUAGAGGACACAAGACUACAGAGUUUUGGACGGUUAAGACCAUCGAUUCUGACGGCACAAUCAAGCCGGCGAAACUAAGCGUGAGGGAGGCUAUGGAACGGCCUAACGGUAGGAAGAUCGUGCUCAGGUUCAACAACGCAAAGCAAGCAAUUGGGGACGAAGCUGGACUGUUGAGUGGCGUGCUUGGUCUGCUGGGAUCUGAUUAUGAAAAAUUUCCCAUUUGUAGAAAAAGUUGGCGUCAGAUUACCACAAAAGACAAGGUUUAUAACGAAUGUGUCAAGCAAAUUUUCCACUUUGAUGAAGACAGCGAAGGAAUUAUCAAGAAAAAUAUUUUGAAAAGUAUGGGGAAGUCUUGGAAGGAAACAAGGCUGAGGUUGUAUGACCGUUUUUAUGAGCCAACAUUCACAAUUGAACAAAAUCUUGAGAAUUGCCCGCCGGAAAUUGAUCGAGAGCAUUGGAGAUGGUUCCUUGACUAUCGCGCCGAACCUAAGACGAAGGAGAAGUGCAAGAAAAACGCGGUCAAUCGAUCAAAACAACAAUAUACCCACACUGGCGGCUCGAAAAGCUUCGCACGGCGGAUGGAAGAAGAUUCGGAAGAACAAGGAAGGAUAGUCGGUAAAGGAGAGCUGUGGAUCAAAGUGCACAAGAAAAAGGAUGGCUCAUAUAUCAAUGAUGAAGCAAGAGCAAUUGGUGAAAGAAUUGAGGAGAUUGAGCAACAGGAUGAGUCUUCUAGAAUGUUGUCUCAAAAUGAUUCCAUUGCUCAGGUUUUUGGAAAAGAAAAAUCGGGUAGAGUACGUGGUGUAGGUUUUGGACCGACUCCUAGCCAACUCUUCGGUCCGAAUUCACAUGCGUCUGGCAACGAAGGCCAACUAGAGGAGACCUAGAGGAAGCUGCUUGAACUGCAGGCAGAGCUGGAAGGCGAGAAGUUGAAGAGGAAGGCGAUGGAGGAUGAGGCAUCAUCAGA